AUAAUUUUAUGAACACACUUAGAUUGGAAUUCGAAACAAGUGGGGAUCUAAAUUUGUAACCUAUUGGGGUUUUAUUAUAUCUGCGAAAACCAAACCAAAAGUAAAUAUAUAUUAUAUAACCGCUCAUUCCCACCGUACACAUUUUGAUUUUGAUUUUGAUUUUGAUUUUGAGUUUUGUGUUUAAUAAUGUUUUCCUUGCUCUAAACGCUACCGUUGCUUUUCCCCCCCCUCUCUCUCUGUCUCUCUCUCACUUCUUAGUUUUGGUUCACUGUAAACCCUACCCCACAGUGUUCACAACUGCAACCCCGAUCGAUUGUUUCAGAAUUCAUGUGUUCCACAAAACUAGGGAUAUGUAUUUACAGCUUAUUGCUGAAACAUUGCUAAAAGCUAGUGAAUGCUAUCAGGCUGCUGGUUGGGAAAAUCGACUUGCAAUGACGGAUAUUGUGGACAUAAGUUCAUCUGAUAGUGAUGUAGAAAUAGAUGAUAGUAGAGGUACUUCCGCUGUGAGACGUCUUCCUAAUUCGCUAUCAGCACCAGGCAGAAACUCAAAUUUUAGAGGUCUUGUUGGGCAGUCUAGAAAUGUUGCUUCUCCUAAGUAUGGGGCAUCUUCUUCUAAUGGGAGCUCACACAGUGUUAAUGGCCAUACCCGGGUGCAGCAGCAGAUUCAUCCUCAUUUCAGUGAUGAUGCAGGUCCCUCAAAUCAAUUCAUUGGACGACCACAUGAUUCGAAGUUUCAUAUUGAUGUUAAUUCUUAUCAGCAGCGUCCGGCCAAUACUCCACGUAAGGCUAAUUUUUCUGGUAAUGCCCAUGAGAAUAGCUCUUCCCAACAGGCUUUAAAGAGGAUACUUCCAUCUUCUCUUCUGUCUUCUACUAUAAGUACUGAGUCAAAUAGAAGCAGCAAUCAGAUUCGAGAUACUUAUGCAAGUUCUCGCUAUUCAACAGGGCCAAGUUCAACCAUAAGCAAGGGCCACAUGAGAGAUCACUCCAGCAUGGGCAACGAUAAUGAUGUUUUCAUGCAUGAAAACAAUGGGGGUAGGACUCUGCCUUCUUCUAUGAUGCAUUUAAAGUCCACUGCUCCUACACAGUUUGCCACUUCAAGUGAGUCCGUUUACCGGUCCAUGACUGGGGAAGAAAGGGUUGCUGAAAGUGAUGAGAGGCUGAUAUAUCAAGCUGCAUUGGAGGAUCUCAACCAACCAAAAGUGGAAGCUAAUUUACCUGAAGGUCUUUUGUCAGUAUCUCUUCUUAGACAUCAGAAAAUUGCAUUGGCAUGGAUGCUUCAGAAGGAAACUAGAAGUCUACAUUGUCUGGGUGGAAUUUUAGCUGAUGAUCAGGGACUUGGCAAGACUAUAUCAAUGAUUGCUCUCAUACAGAUGCAAAGGUUCUUGCAGAAAAAAUCCAAAUCAGAGGAGUCAUGCAGUCAAAAAACUGUAGCUUUGGACAUUGAUGAUGAUGAUGAUGGUAAGGUUGGCCCAGAGGAAGUCAAGAAAACUGAACAAUCAGAUGAUGUUAAGUUAGCUCCAGAAGUUAGUACCUCUUCAAGGGUUUUCAAUAAGCGGAGGCCAGAUGCUGGUACAUUGGUUGUGUGUCCAGCUAGUGUUCUUCGACAGUGGGCCAGGGAGCUUGAGGAGAAGGUUGCAAGUGAAGCGGUGUUAAAUGUCCUAGUCUAUCAUGGAGGUAACAGGACAAAGGAUCCUGUUUGCUUGGCCAGCUAUGAUGUGGUUGUCACAACAUAUGCCAUUGUAACUAAUGAAGUCCCAAAACAACCUCUGGUUGAUGAGGAUGAUGAUGAAAAAAAUGGAUUAUCUUCCGAGUUUUCCACAAAUAAGAGGAAGAAGAAGACUUCAAAUGUUGGCAAGAAGGGUAGGAAAGGUAGAAAAGGAAUUGAUAGCUCUACUGUUGAUUAUGAUUGUGGUCCCCUUGCAAGAGUUGGUUGGCUGAGGGUGAUAUUGGAUGAAGCUCAGACAAUCAAGAAUCACAGGACUCAAGUGGCUAGAGCUUGCUGCAGUCUUCGAGCUAAAAGAAGGUGGUGCUUAUCUGGUACACCAAUACAAAAUACAAUUGAUGAUUUGUAUAGCUACUUCAGGUUUCUAAGAUAUGACCCCUAUGCGAUGUAUAAAUCAUUUUGCAACACAAUAAAGGUUCCAAUAUCUAGAAAUGCAGUUCAAGGAUACAAGAAGCUACAAGCAGUUCUAAGAGCUAUAAUGUUACGUCGAACAAAAGGAACAUGUAUCGAUGGGGAGCCCAUAAUCAACUUACCACCAAAGAAUGUUUGCUUGUCUAAGGUGGACUUCUCAUCAGAGGAGCGGGCUUUUUAUACUCAACUAGAAGCUGAUUCACGUUCACAAUUUAAGGCAUAUGCUGCUGCUGGCACAGUGAAUCAGAAUUAUGCAAAUAUUCUUUUGAUGCUUUUGCGUCUCCGGCAGGCUUGUGAUCACCCGAUUCUUGUUAAGGAAUAUAAUUCUGAUUGCGUUGGAAAAGAUUCUGUAGAUAUGGCUAGAAGACUCCCCAGAGAUUUGCUUAUCAAUCUAUUGAAUCUCUUAGAAUCUUUGGCUCUCUGUAGUAAGUGUGAUGAUACACCUGAAAACCCUGUUGUUACUAUGUGUGGCCAUGUUUUCUGCUAUCAGUGUAUAUCAGAGUAUCUGACCGGGGAUGACAAUACAUGUCCUGCUACUGAGUGCAAAGAACAAGUUGGCUCUGAUGUCGUUUUUUCCAAGGCUACUCUGCGAAGUUGCAUCUCUGAUGAUCUUGAUGGUAGUCCUGUGAAUUAUUCAUUUGUUGAUAAAACAGUAGUCAUGCAGAGUGACUACAAUUCAUCUAAAAUCAAAGCUGUGAUUGAAAUUUUGCAAUCACAUUCAAAGCCAAACAACUUGGAUGGAGAACCAUGUGGCUCUGUCUCUGUUGGGUGCAAUGGAAGCUCUUCUUUAGCUAAUGAAUUUGCAAAUAGUAGCCAUUCACAUGUUGAUGUGUUAAAGCAUACAACAACAUAUUCGAACAAGCCAAUUGAAGGACCCAUUAAAACAAUUAUUUUUUCCCAGUGGACUAGCAUGCUGGACUUAGUUGAGGACUCACUAAAACAAGCUCGUAUACGAUACAGAAGGCUUGAUGGGACAAUGAGUCUAGUCUCAAGAGACAAGGGUGUCAAAGAUUUUAAUUCAAAUCCAGAGGUUACUGUUAUGCUGAUGUCACUGAAGGCAGGAAAUCUUGGUCUAAAUAUGGUUGCUGCAUGUCAUGUUAUCCUUUUGGAUCUUUGGUGGAAUCCCACUACAGAAGACCAAGCUGUUGAUAGGGCACAUAGAAUUGGCCAGACUCGUCCUGUUACUGUAACGCGGCUCACUAUAAAAAAUACAGUGGAAGACAGGAUAUUAGCUCUGCAGGAAGAAAAGAGAAAAAUGGUUGCUUCUGCUUUUGGUGAAGAUCACAGUGGAGGCUCUGGAGCUCGCUUGACUGUAGAAGAUCUUAAAUAUCUAUUUAUGGUUUAAAAUAUUGUCUCUGGUGCCACCUAUCGUUUUGGAUAUAGCCUUAGGUAUUUAUGGAUGCUAAUUUGCUUAGAAACCCACAACCCUCUUAGAGUCUAAAUAUGAAUCUAGAUCCUGGUAAGUGAACGAGACAAGAAAUAUUUAUAUAUAUUCAUGGCGUCGUCGACGGUGCCUGAUGGAACAGCUAGUCAAACAGGAUGGAUUGGUGGUGUAGGCACAUGCAAAUGGUAUUUUGCAUGAGUUAUAGUUUUUGUUUUUUGAGGCCUAUGAAGGCAAUUUUUGUCCCCAUCGAGUCCUGUUAGAUAGCCAAGUCAAGCCAAGUGCACCUGUAUAUAUUCAGAUUAAGUGACUUUAAAUUGUAUACCAACCGUUCUUUUUAUUUUCCAAUGUUAUUAUUACCCUCUCUACAAA